ACAGCGCAGGACAGGAGAAUUAAAAUUUUGCUGGCAAAAUUAUACAAUGAUUUUCUAUUUUCAUACUUAAUUCAAUUUUGCAUUUUCAAGUUAAAACACAAAAUAUGAAUCCGCAGAUGUGCAAAAUAUGUAUGUCUACCGAAGCCAUCCUGUAUCUAGACAUUUUUGGUGAAGUGCACACAAAGAAAGAUAUAGCUGCAAUCAUCUCCAAGCAUCUGUGGUUUGAUUUUAAGCCUUCGGAUGAGCACCAAGUAAUCUGCAGCGAGUGUUGGAACAUCCUCUAUGAGUUUAACAACUUCUAUGAAACAGUUGAAAAUGUGCAUAAGAUUAGCAGGGAUGAAAUUCCAAAGGAAGAGUUAAUAGAUGAUCCGUUCGGUGACGAUAGUUUUGCUAAUGUGGAUGAUAUUAAUUAUGAACCUGAAGGGGACACAGUUUUCUUUGAGUUAGUAGAAGCAAAGUCUGGCGAAUUCGCAAAAACUGAUGCGGAGGAAGACAUUCUUCAUAAAAGUGAUGCGAGACAAAAACGUCCAUCGAACAAGCCUGAUACAAGAAAAUCUCCUAGAAAUAGAAGAACCCAUGUUGAAAAGGAUAAUGAAAUAAUAUGCACAAAGAAUGAGGAGAAAAUCAAACCAACUGUGCAAAAAGAGCGGCCAGAACGACCAAGGCGAAGUAACACCAAAGCGGUGUAUAAAGCGGAUACUUCAUCGGAAGAUGAAUAUAGUGAGCAAAUUGAAGAAUCUGGGUGUGAAGAAUAUAUGGAGGAGCAUUUUUCAAAAAAGAGAAAAAUUGUCGAUCAGACUGAAACGACUUCAGCGGAAAUUCCGAGUGAUAGCGAUGAUGAGCCUAUCUCUAAAUUAACAAGGGCAAAACGAAAAAAGGACCAGAAGCUGUUUGAGCACAUUGAUGAAUUUGUCUGCUAUAUCUGCCCAGAAAGGGUUGAAUUUGAUCGAUUCUACCAUGCGACGCUUCAUUACAAGACGCUGCACAAAGAGCCUGCGUAUAUUAAAUGUAAAGUAUGCGACAAAAGAUGUUAUUCCCCAGGAAGUUUGAUCAGUCAUAUGGAAGUUCACAAGGAUCCUGACAGAUACAAGUGCGAGAUAUGUGGAAAGCAGAAUGACGAGCAAGUGGCUCUGGUAAAGCAUAUGCGAAUACAUCGCCCUGAGCAAGUAGAAAAAAUGCCAUUUCAAUGUGGACAGUGUCUUCGUCGAUUUCCUUCGGAGAAAAAGCGGGAUAGGCACGAGAAGAAUCAUAAUCGAAAACCGUUGGAAAAACCGACGAGAAUUGUCGGACGUGACGAAGAAUUGCUAGAAUUUUACCGUCGAAUAAGUUGUGAGAUAUGCGAUCGACAACGGUCCGUUGACGGUAGCUGGCCGGAUGUAGAAUAUGAAAAUCUGCAGGACUUGAAGAAGCACAUGCGUGAGAAACAUGAUGACAAGGGUUACCUUAAAUGCCCCGUGUGUGAUAAAAAGUGCUACAUUCGCUCAAUGCUUAUAUUACACAAGGAGUUUCAUUUGAAUCAGGAAAAAUUCAGAUGCGAAAUAUGCGGCAACGUGUAUCAAAACUUGGAAAAACACAAGGGCGCCGCUCAUGCAAAUUCGGGCGAGGCGUCGUUCUGUUGUGAACACUGCGGCAAGGCAUUGACAAAUGAAAAGAGCUUGAAAUCGCACGUUGAGCGGAAACACGCCGUCAAGGAUACAAUUUGCGAUAUAUGUCAAAAACCCUUUCGUAAAAGCAUGCUCGAAGGUCACAAGCGGGUUGUUCACGAGAUGGCUUCCUAUAUGUGCACACACUGUCCUCGAAUGUUUAGAAGCAAGUUCUCGCUGAAUCGACACUUGGAUGAACACGAAGACAAAGUCAGGGAACGGGUAAAGUGUACCAUUUGCGGUAUGACUUUCAAGCACAAAUACAUACUGACGAAGCACAUCGGUUCGGUACAUACUAACGAAGCACCAGUUUCGUGUGAUGUUUGCGGCAAACAGUUCAAAUCUAAACACCACCUCUGGAGUCAUAAGUCUGAUACAUGCAAUAGUAGAAGGUAUGAUUGUACAAUAUGUGGACGAGUCUUUAAGGUCAGAGUUCGUUUGAAUGAGCACAUGACAACCCAUACAGGAAAAAGUUUGUAUCAGUGCACUUUCUGCCCGUUGACGUUUAGUUUUCAAUCAAUCCUCUACACUCACCGGAAGAAGGCCCAUUACGAGCAAUGGCUGGAACUUCAGGCAAAACGAGAAGAGGGUGUAAAAUUCAAAGUUUUAGAGGCUCCAGCCUGACUAUUUUUCCAUCUUAUCACACUCAUGCAUGCAAUCAUCUAAUAAAGAUUAUUUUUAACAAAAUCGAUUCAUACUCGAGUGGGUGAAUGGACAACAUUGGAUCUAAUUAUCUUGGAUCGUAUUCAAAAAUCCAAGCACGCAUCGGUGUGCUGAUUGCAUGAUGUCAUGUGACAUUUCAUAUGGAGUUUUUCCCUUUAUGUGCAGCUAGGGCCGAGAAUGGGGGCUAACGGGUUUCAAACGUUCUUGAAAAUAAAUUGAAGGGCUACCCGAGCAGUGUCUGAUAACAAAUUGAGCACUAAACUUGAUGUUGUAUGUAGUGUUUACAGAUAUGGUCAAGUAGGCUAAGAAAUGGAUUGCUAAUAAAUCAUCAUUCAGUGAGUCACUCUUGGUCGUAUCUGACGUCUUAAGUCUGGGUUAUUACAUUGGCGACCAGUGGGAGCUUGAAGAAUGC